ACUUCGAUGGCUCCGGCGUGGAGGCCUAAGCGGCAAUUGACAUGUGAUGGCGCGUACGAGGAGGGUUCUUGUAACUCGGGGGGUGUAGCUGCAAAGAGUAACAGGAGAAAGCGUCGUCGCCUUCGACGACCCUAUUGAUGCCGCGUCGCAAUCUACUGCUUACGUGAAGGGAAGGCGCCCCCGUCAUUGGUCUCCAGCGGGCGGGCCUUCCGCCACUCCCGGCGACGAACGCCAUUUAUCUCCGAGCUGCAUCACAUUUCACUCACCUUGCAACAACAUGGCCAUUGGUACAGGUGUCACUGAGAUUGCCGAGAGUGAAGAGGAGCUGCUGAUGUCUUCACCUGCUGCUGUUUCAGAUGCAGCCGUUGACAAGCUUUCUGCGACAGCUUGUCAAGACGCCCAAGUCGUGGCUUGCCCUCACCAAAAACCCGCUGAGCACAGUGCCAAUGAAGCCUCAAGUCGCACCGAUCGCUUGGGUGUCGAUCAGCAGAAACCUUCGUCGAACCCCGAGGCAACACAUCUUGAUCCACCUGACUUGCAGCCUGUACAGCAGAUAGCGACUAACGACAUCAGCACGUGCACCACAAGCGCUCUAAUAAAACCAGACGUGCCACCACCACAAGCCAAUAUCGAUGCGGUCGGUGUAAACCACCAGGUCAGCUGCGCUGAUGUGGAUAGUGCAGGCGGUGAGACCAGCGCUUUGCAAGAUACGAAAACCGUGACGGAAACUGGAACUGCAACACAGCUUGACGAUCGUACAUCUACGCCAAUCAACGUCCAGAUCGAGGUUAGCAACGGUCAGGACAACGAGCAGCAGCCAAGUCCAUCAGAGCCCUUACCUGUCAAUUAUGGUGGCGUCGAUAUUGAGCACGUCAAACCCUCCAUGGAAGGCUCACAAGACGAAGCACUUGACAGCCACACAGCGACACUAGAACCGUCACACACUGAUCUCGUACAUCUCAUUAGCAGGCGACAAGAACCUAUCCAGUGUGACCCGGCUGGGGAUCGCCCUACCAAGGAUGUUGAGGGUGCCGAUGAUGAAGCUGUGGCUGGAAGGCCUCAACAUGACAUUUCCUUGGAAACAUCAGUCGAGUUGCCCGCUUUCACUGCUACGGAUCCGCCAGAUCUAAGCAUGAACACCAGCCAUGCUAUCCCUUACACAACAGACGCCUCAGACUCUAUGGACCUAGACCCAACACUGGCAGCUACCGACUUGGCCACAUCUCGUACCGGUCCGGCCCAAGACACGAAUGUCACAGCGUUGCCUGGUUCCCAUGAUGGUUGCAGUAUCGCAGAGAGCCCGAAGCCUGAACAGAUCAUCGGACGAGCCGCAGGGGCCUCGGCACUGUUAGCUGACGCUGAACCUACUGCUGAUAUCAACUAUCACAAACUUAGCGGCAAUGGCAGUUCCACAUCUAGUUCGGCAGCUCGGAGCACGGCAACACAUGCGUUUGAACCACACGUUGAGAAACCAGGAAAUCAGGGUAUGGCACUUGGGGCUACGAUUCAAGCUUCGACCACCAUGGAGGACACGUUUACCCAGACGCCAACCGCUUCCUUAAUAGAACGAGGCCCAGAAGAAAUUCCUGCUCCUGCGAAGGCUGAAGAAGCAAUAGCGGAGCAGGUGAAUGAGAUCCCAGCCCGAAGCACGACCGAGGCAGUGCAAUCAUCUCAUCCACAAGAUCGCGGGGUUGAAGAUGACCAAAGCUUGGCAUCCGCAGCACCCGAAACACAGACACAAUCGCAGUUCACCGCUUCACAAGCCAGUGAGCCUACCCCACCGUGCCCAGCGGCCAAAUUGACGCCACAGGAGGUCACGCUCGCCAAGCUCAGGGCGCAAAAGGCUGCACUUCUUGCCUCACUGGGAGCUCUACCGGCCAUUCAGGUGCUCAUCGAAGAGAACCAAACCUCUGAUGUCGACAUGUCCGACGACGAUGGCGAACCUACGGAUGCUGACAUUAUGGCUGCGGCGAACAAUAUCGUCAAGGAACACAUCAAGUUGCUGCACGACUACAACGAGCUGAAGGAUGUUGGACAAGGCUUGAUGGGUCUCAUUGCUGACCAACGCGGUGUGAGGAUUGUGGAAGUUCAAGAUGAGCUUGGCAUCGAUGCCAAUGAUUGACGGAUUCGAACAGACGAUGAUGAUACGAGCUUGUAUCCUGCUGACUGCAUUUCAGACUGCUACGGUGUUAUGGAUAGUGCAAGAAUUACGAUACCCAGGAAGAGU